AUGAAUCAAAUCCUGACGACGAGACAAGCGGAGGAGUUGCACAAGUCAAUGGUCGCGUACCUCUCCUCACUCGAAGCCUCUAAGAGUACUGCUGCUCUACGCGAAGAGCUCGUCCUUCCCGAUACUUUUGAUGAUGCAACCUGCAAGAAGUAUGCAGGGCUGCUGGAGAAAAAGUGGACAGGAAUUGCUCGACUUCAAAAAAAGAUACUAGAUUUAGAAUCCAAAGUCGCCGGUCUCCAAGCAGAACUCUCUUCUCUCACCCUAACGUCGCGUUCAAAAGGCGGCCAAGACCCCGAUAAUUGGCUUCCUGGGCCAGCAUCAACACGUACGUUCGAAUCUCACCGAGACGCCAUUACAUGUAUCGCAUUCCACCCUAUCUUUACAUCGCUUGCUUCCAGUUCUGAAGACUGUACGAUCAAGAUCUGGGACUGGGAACUCGGCGAGUUGGAAAGAACUCUCAAGGGCCAUAUAAGAGCUGUCACUGGACUCGAUUUCGGCGGGCAAAAAGGGAAUACACUGCUGGCAUCCUGCUCUAGCGAUCUCACAGUCAAGCUUUGGGAUCCAAGCAAGGGUUAUGCCAAUAUUCGAACGCUUUCUGGCCACGAUCACUCUGUUUCGGCCGUUCGCUUUCUAACAUCUACGGAAAAUCUCCUUGUUUCUGCCGGUAGAGAUGCAUCAAUCCGAAUAUGGGAUGUUUCAACUGGAUAUUGUGUGAAAGUGCUGAGAUCAAGUGAUGCUUGGAUUCGCGAUAUAUCUCCUUCAUUUGACGGCAAAUGGUUGGUAGCAGGGGGUCGUGAUCAAGCAGUCACCGUUUGGGAAGUUGCAACAGCAGAGCAAAAAUCGGCAUUACUGGGUCACGAGAAUUACAUCGAGUGUUGUGUUAUUGCACCUCCAACAAGUUAUGAACAUCUUGCUACCCUUGCCGGACUGAAGAAGCCACCUGCUCCAAGUAGCUCAUGCGAAUUCAUUGCAACGGGAGCUAGAGAUAAAACCAUUAGACUCUGGGAAUCCCGGGGGAGACUCAUCAAAACUCUUGUUGGCCACGAUAACUGGGUAAGAGAUCUGGUAUUCCACCCAAAUGGGAAGCAUCUUAUCAGUGUUGCGGACGAUAAAACGAUACGUUGCUGGGAUCUCUCUCAGGAAGGGAAACUGGUCAAGACUAUUGAUAACGCACAUAGCCAUUUCGUGACUUGCAUGCGGUGGGGUCCAAGUGCAACGACCGACGUUGAAACGACCAAUGGAGUGACAAAUAAGGGCACCACGAAGUCUAAGUUUCAAUGCGUCAUCGCAACUGGAAGUGCGGAUUCAUGCGUCCGGGUGUUCUCCUAA